GGGGGUGGCCCCGAGCGAGUGCGGAAGUGGCUGCGGUGUCCGGGCGGGCGGUGAGGACGGAACGGGAGUGGAUGGUUCCCGCCGCCCCGCGGAGUUUGUGCUGUCAGAGGUGACGUCUCCAGCAAAGGGCAGUUUGGAGUACCACACCUAGUAGAAGCAGGAAGUUGUUGAAGAUUUCUGCAGUGGAUUUGCACAGAAACUACAAGCAAAGUAAAACUUCUGCUACUAUUUUCCUACUCUAGGUGUUUUCCAGAUAAUGGCGAAGAUGGUGAGAAGAACGUGUGCAUUUUGUUCAGAAGGGGAGGCUGGUUCUGUAAUGUAUAUUGCCAAAGAGCAAAAUGUUGCAGCUCAUCAGGAUUGUCUGUUGUUUUCCUCAGGGUUUGUGGAAUCUGAAGAGUAUAACCCGGAUAACCUGGAUAUAAGGUUUGAUGUGGCAUCAGUGUUGAAAGAACUGAAGAGAGGAAAGCGGCUGGUGUGCAACUUCUGUCGCAAGAAAGGAGCCACUGUGGGAUGUGAGGAAAGAGCCUGCCGCAGAAGUUACCACUACUUCUGCGCACUCUGUGAUGAUGCAGCCAUAGAAACGGAUGAAGUAAAUGGAGUCUACCGAGUGUUCUGCCCAAAACAUGACCCAGGCAAUAGGACCAAUCACUAUGGGUCCCAGGUGGUCUGCUGCCCAAGUACUAGACCGGACCAGGAUUGCUUCAUUCCCGAUGCAGCUACUAAGAGGAGAAGACAUCUAUUGAAAUCUUCCACCAUCACGGAACAAAUGAGCACAGAAGAGACAGCAGAAGAAAACGGUUUACAAAUACUAAAAAGGAAAAACAACAGGCAUAAAGUCCGAAUAGACUUCCUUAGGAAAUGCAAGCAAGCGGGGCUUCUGGAUGACAUAUUUGAAGAAAUGCUGGACACACUUCACCUGGCACAGGAAAAACUGAUGGAUGACAACACUUCAGAAACAGAGUAUGAAGAGACAGUAAUGUCACUCUUUGACUGUGGACUGUUUGAAAAUAUACUGACAAAUAUUCAUUCAGCUUUGGAGACCUUCUUCAAUGUCUUCCCCCCCCAAAAAGAGAGAAUUUUCUUCAGGAACAGAGGAGAAAAUCCAGGAACUUCUGGAAAGUAGAAAAAGACUGGAUAACAAGAUUGAGCUACUGCAGGACUUAAAAGAAGUCGUCCUUCCUACCCCAGAGAACACCGCUAGUACAUCUAGUACAAUGUCUGAAUAACCCCCAAGUCUGUCUGUUAAUGGUGUCAGUAUUUAGGAUUUUCUAAUGAUAGAAACCAUAGAGCACGUCUGGUCAGUGUCUAAGUAAUCCCCCCCCCCCCCAAGACAGGGACACAAGCAAGAAGUGAGUGUUUUACUCAUUUUUAUACCUCACUGUUGCAAUAAUUUUAAGUUGUCCCUUUCUUUAAAUUUUACUAUGGAUCAGUAAGUGUUAUACACCAAAUUUAGCUUUUUUUAAAGCUCAACAAAACCCUCUGAUGAAGACUUUUUUCCUCAAAGACAAAGGAGCAUCAUCUGCCACAGAACACUUGUUAAAGUCACUUUAACUGUGGGAGCCUUCUUCUGACUGUGUGCGGUAGCCGCACGCAGACAGUGAUGUUUUAAGGAUCACAUUGCUGCUUUGGCUUUCCAAAGAAGAAGAAUUAGCAGAACUUGCACUCAAUGAAGCCUUCUGAAUUAUAAACAGGAUUUUGUGGGUUUUUUAAUUAAAUGGUUCCCAAUUGCUUAAUGUGUAACUAGUUCUGCUGUAAUGGCAGUGGUGAAACAGUGUUUGCAGGCAGAACAGAGAUGGUUGGGCAUCAUACUCUAAACAAUGUGUUUCAACAAUGUGAUCAAACAAUGGCCUGUUUUCCUUUCUCCAUUAAGAAAGGAUAUGGCUUCCAUGUGCUUAGUCUUACAAAUUUGUAUGAAUACAGAAAAGCUUUGUUUAGCUACAAAAUGGUAAGUUAAUGAAAUAAAAUGUUUUUAAGAAA